CAUGCAACCAAUACCAAGAAAAAAGGAGCCUUUUUUUAUGCUGAUCCGAAGCUCUCCCUGAAUCCAACCCCAUCCCAUCCGCAGCUGCUUCGAGAGCAAAUCAGAUCGAGCUGGGAGCGGGGAGCUCUGGGUGUUGGUCUCUCGAUGCAGGUCAACACCUCAGGAGCUCUUGCUUCAGUUUCAAGCCUGAAGCUUUGUUCUUUCCCCGUUUCUUGGUGCUGGCGCUGGUGAUUCUUGGCUUCGCCGCGGGGCCUGCUGGAAUCGGUGCGGCUUUGGGGAGGAGUUGAUGCGAUUGCGAGAGUAAAGCUGCCUUCUUUCUUUGCAUUUCGCCCGGUUCUUGGGGUGGAUUAUUGCGUUCUUCUGUCAAGCUCGAGCUAUUGCGACGCGUACUCCAGUCUAAACAUUCUCAGAGAUCCAGGUUACAUUUUGGUGGUCGCUUGUUUCAAGAACUUCAACUCCCUGAUAACUCUUUCUACUGAUAGAAGAUGGAUGGAUGUGACUGCAUUGAGCCACUAUGGCAGGCAGAUGAUCUCCUUGUAAAGUAUCAGUACAUAUCUGAUUUUUUUAUUGCGCUUGCUUACUUCUCGAUUCCUUUGGAGCUCAUAUAUUUUGUUAAGAAGUCGGCAUUCUUCCCUUACCGAUGGGUGCUCAUACAAUUUGGUGCAUUCAUUGUUCUUUGUGGGGCGACCCACCUGAUAAAUUUGUGGACUUUUGCCAUAUACACCAAGACCAUAGCCGUGGUAUUGACAGUGGCGAAAGUAGCGACAGCAGUUGUUUCAUGCAUCACAGCUUUGAUGCUUGUGCAUAUAAUUCCUGAUUUGUUGAAUGUGAAGUUGAGAGAAAGAUUUCUGAAGGAUAAGGCUGAGGAGCUUGACAGAGAAAUGGGGAUUAUAAGAACACAGGAGGAGACUGGAAGGCAUGUCCACAUGCUGACCCAUGAGAUAAGAAGCACGCUUGACAGGCACACCAUUCUGAGAACUACACUUGUUGAGCUGGGAAGGACUCUUGGUUUAGCAGAGUGUGCCCUGUGGAUGCCAACCCGCUCUGGAUCAGCGCUUCAGCUCUGUCAUACAAUACAUAACAGUGCGGCAAUUGGAUCAGUUGUUCCUAUCAACCUUCCCAUUGUCAGUAAGGUUUUUAAUAGUAACCGUGCAGAAAGAAUUCCACAUACCUCCCCAUUAGCUUCGAUAAAAGCUGACAAAAGCAGGUAUGUGCCACCAGAGGUUGUGGCUGUCCGUGUUCCACUGCUGCACCUUACGAAUUUCCAAAUAAAUGAUUGGCCUGAGCUAUCUGCAAAAAGCUUUGCAGUAAUGGUUUUGAUGCUCCCUCCAGACAGCGCAAGAAAAUGGCGGCCGCAUGAACUGGAGCUUGUUGAAGUUGUCGCUGAUCAGGUAGCAGUUGCAUUGUCUCAUGCUGCCAUUUUGGAAGAGUCCAUGCGGGCCCGUGAUCUACUAAUGGAGCAAAAUAUUGCUCUCGAUGCAGCACGUCGGGAAGCAGAAAUGGCUAUUUGUGCCCGUAAUGAUUUUCUUGCUGUCAUGAACCAUGAAAUGCGGACUCCUAUGCGAGCAAUCGUUUCUUUGUCCUCCCUCCUUUUAGAAACAAACCUAACUGCUGAACAGCGCCUAAUGGUUGAGACUAUACUGAAGAGUAGUGAUCUUCUGGCAACCCUUACAAAUGAUGUUUUGGAUGUUUCAAAGCUUGAGAAUGGGAGUUUUGAUCUGGAAAUUGCGCCUUUUAAUCUGCACUCCACCUUCACAGAUGUUGUUAAUUUGAUUAAGCCAGUAGCGGCAUGCAAGAGGCUGUCAGUUAUGGUUACUUUGGCUCCAGAGUUGCCUCCACAAGCUAUUGGUGAUCAAAAGCGAUUGAUGCAAAUAAUCCUAAAUGUUGCUGGUAACUCCAUUAAGUUCACAAAGGAGGGUCACGUUUCAAUUACAGCUUCUAUGGCCAGACCAGAUGCUUUGAGAGGCCCACAUGAUCCUGACUACCAUCCAGUUAUAUCUGAUGGGUCCUUUUACUUGGCUGUACAGGUAAAAGACACAGGUUGUGGCAUCAGCCCACAAGAUAUGCCACACACCUUCACCAAAUUUGCGCACCCUGACAAUGUAACCGACAAAUGGAACAGUGGCAAUGGAUUGGGUCUAGCCCUUUCGAGAAGGUUUGUCAGUCUAAUGCAAGGUAACAUCUGGCUUGAAAGCGAAGGUGUUGGGAAGGGCUGCACCGCAACAUUCUUUGUGAAACUUGGUAUGCCUGAGAAACCAAAUGCAAACCUCCGAAGAAUGGCACCCCCUCUACAGCCAAGCCAAGGAGCUGGAGGCCCUGAUGCCCUCAGUAUAUCCAUAAUGGAUGGCGACUCUAGGUUUCAGAGGGUUCGCUACCAAUCAAGCAUAUGAGAAGUGUCGAUGCCAUGCAAGGCAACCUCAUCUGGUCAGGAGGCCAGUCGCCAGACCAGUUUAGUGAUCGCAGUUCAUAGCUGAUACAGCUCUAUUUGCAGUGUUGAUGUAUGGAUGAUCAGAAGCUGUUCAUCUGUGGAAUAAUCUUGGUCUUGCUGGAGUGCUGAUAUAGCUUGACUUACUGGCCUUCUUGAUUGCAGUUGUGGGGUGAUUGGGUGAGCCUGAACUCUGAAAUUGUGACACUAGGGAAAGCUGGUAUGUGUCUGCAUAAGGCAGAAGGCCAAAUUACUGGGAAGUGACAGUCUGCUGCAAGCGACCAGCAGUGAACAUGAACUGGAACUUGAAAGCAUUAGGUCUAAACCGUCUUACUAAUGUAUCUUAUACCCAAGCUGGAGCUCAGAUGCCUCUAGGGGUAGGUCUAUUACCUGGAAGGAAUUUUGAUUCAGCUGAUUGCAGUUAAUUUAUAUAUUCUUUUCAAAAUAGGAGUAUCAUUUGUAAAUGUAAGGCACUGUUUGACAUAACUCCAAAUUUCAUAUCUAUGCUAGAUCUAGAGUUUGUAAGUUUAAUUUAAGUGAUUAAAAAUUUUAUAUUUCAUCAAAAAUGGAAACAAAAUGAUCUAUCCAUAUGUUUAUGGAAUUUUUUUAAGGUGCCCCUAAACUAUUCUG